GGGGGACUCCCCUGUGGAUACUGGGGCAACAAGGCUUUAGUCCCCCCGCGUCCCCCUGUCUGUCCCCCCCGUCUGUCCCCGGCUUUGCAAUAAAUCUGUUUGUGAGACCCACCUGCCCCCCGUCUGCGCCGUGUCCGGGGGGACGCGCCGGGAUGAUCCAGCCGGGACGAGCCCCUUGUUUGCUCAGGGAAUUGGCGGCGGCUUCUGCCCGGCUGCGGGGCGGGGGGGUCGCCCGGGGGGUCCUUCCCUGGCCGCGGUGCUGACGUCCAUCCCGCCGGCUCCUGUGCCCCAAGGGAUGCGUCUCCCGGGGAUGUGUCCCCCCGUCCAGCCUGGUGACGGUGACAGGGCUGGGGGGACACACGGCUCUGCGUCAGCGGGUGUUUGCCCACGCCGGGGGCUGGCGGGGGCUGGGGGAUAUAAAGCUGAGCCCGACACUUCCAUGAGAAUCCAGGGAGGCUCCAGCACCGGGAACAUGGGACACCCUUGGCUCUGCCUGCUCUGCCUGCUGGGCUCUGGCCUCAUCCUGCUGGGCACCCCCGAGCCAGUGCCGGGGGUCCUUCCCCCCCUGAGCCUGCCCGGGCAGAGCCGGGAGGAGACAGAGCUGGUGGAGGUGCUGCAGGAGGUGCUGGAGAAGCUCGGGACCAGGGAUCCGCCGGCGCUGGAGAAGAGGCUGAGCUGGGUGCCCUCGUGCGAGCCCGGGGAGCCGUGCGCGGUGCGGCGCGGGGCGCGCAUCGGGAAGCUCUGCAGCUGCCCCCGCGGCACCUCCUGCAACCUCUUCAUCCUCAAGUGCUCCUGAGGGAUCGGGGACACCGGGGGACACCGGGGGACACCAGCUGCCACCCGCCUGUGCCCCGGGCAGGGGAGGGGGAGCCGCGGGCCCCCAGCCCCCUCCCCGCACCGGGAUGGACCUGCACAGCACCCUCGGGUGCCUGGGCUGUGGGGCUGGGGUGGGACACAUUAAAUGAUUGAAUUCACCCUGCUGACUGCUUUUUGCGGGGAUUUUGGGGUGCCAGCCCCCCUCUGCCGCCG